AUGGGGGAGGCGGCCGUGGCCGCGGAGCCUUGCCCGCUGCGCGAGGACAGCUUCACGCGAUUCUCGUCGCAGAGCAACGUGUACGGGCUGGCGGGCGGCGCGGGCGCGGGCGGGCGCGGGGAGCUGCUGGCGGCCACCCUUAAAGGCAAGGUGCUGGGCUUCCGCUACCAAGACCUCCGACAGAAAAUCCGGCCGGUGGCCAAGGAGCUGCAGUUCAAUUACAUACCCGUGGAUGCCGAGAUUGUCUCCAUCGACACUUUCAACAAGUCGCCCCCAAAGCGGGGCCUGGUUGUUGGGAUCACGUUCAUCAAGGAUUCAGGCGACAAAGGCAGCCCGUUCCUCAAUAUCUACUGUGACUAUGAGCCUGGCUCCGAGUACAACCUUGACUCCAUUGCCCAGAGCUGCUUGAACCUGGAACUCCGGUUCACUCCUUUCCAGCUGUGCCACGCCGAGGUGCAGGUCGGGGAUCAGCUGGAGACCGUGUUCCUCCUGAGCGGGAACGACCCGGCCAUCCAUCUCUACAAGGAGAACGAGGGGCUGCAUCAGUUCGAGGAACAGCCCGUGGAAAACCUCUUCCCAGAGCUCACCAGCCUGACCAGCAGUGUCCUCUGGCUGGACGUCCACAACCUCCCCGGCACCUCCCGGCGACUGACGGCCCUCGGCUGUCAGAGCGGUUACGUGCGCGUGGCCCACGUGCACCAGCGGAGUCGAGAGGUUUUGCAGACGUGGACAGUCCUGCAGGAUGGCCCCAUCUCCCGCGUGAUCGUGUUCAGCCUCUCGGCCCCCGAGGAGACCACGGCCGGGCCGCGGCGGGAGGAGUACAGCGUGCUCGUGGCCAGCAUGCUGGAGCCGGCCGUGGUGUAUCGGGACCUGCUGAGCCGGGGGCUGGAGGACCAGCUCCUCCUGCCCGGCAGUGACCAGUUUGACAGCGUCCUCUGCGGCCUGGUCACCGACGUCGAUUUGGACGGGCAGCCGGAAGUCCUGGUGGCCACCUACGGGCAGGAGCUGCUCUGUUACAAGUACUGCGGCCCCGAGGCGGGGCUCCCCGAGGCCGGGCCCCCCGAGGCCGGGCUCCCUGAGGCCGGGCCCCCCGAGGCCGGGCCCCCCGAGGCCGGGCCCCCCGAGGCCGGGCGCGGGUUCCGCCUGCUGUGGCAGCGAAGCUUCCCCAGCCCGCUGCUGGCCAUGGCCCACGUGGACCUGACGGGGGACGGGCUGCGGGAGCUCGCCGUGGUCUCCCUGAAGGGCGUGCACAUCCUGCAGCACAGUCUGAUCCAGGCCUCGGAGCUGGUCCUGGCGCGGCUGCGGCACCGAGUGGAGCAGAAGAGACGGCGGACACAAGUGCCGGGCGACAGGGCGGGCCCGGGGCCUGCUGGGACGUCCGCCUCCUGA